AUGUCCAACUUAUUAGAAAGGAAAAGAAAAUCUUUAGUUAUAGCUGCUCUUGUUUUGGCUAUGGACGAUGAAGACGAACAAAUUAAAAAAAGGAAAUGGUCAAAGCAGUGGUUAUUGGAGAGGAGAAAGCAUUCACAUAUGAAUUUGUUACACGAGCUGCAAUCAAAUGAACCUGCAGAUUUUAAAAACUAUUUGCGUAUGGAAAAUCAUACAUUUUAUGAGUUGUUGGAUUUAGUUAGACCAUUAAUAGAAAAGCAAAAUACAAUAAUGCGUGAAAGUAUUUCUGCGGAGGAGCGUUUGGUAGCAACAUUACGAUUUUUGGCAACUGGUAGGAGCUAUGAAGACCUGAAGUUUUCAUGUGCGAUAUCUGCUCAAGCUCUGGGGAAAAUCAUUCCUGAGACAUGUUGGGCAAUAUAUGAAGUAUUAAGACAACAAUAUUUAAAGAUGCCAAACUCAGAAACAGAAUGGAAGCAAGUUGCAAAGGAUUUCAAGACGCUUUGGGAUUUCGAUAACUGCCUAGGAGCAAUUGACGGAAAACACGUGUUGAUCACAAAACCGCCAAAUAGUGGAUCAUAUUACUUUAAUUAUAAAGGAACAUUUAGUGUAGUACUUUUUACAGUGGUGAAUGCAAAUUUUGAAUUUAUUUAUGUACAUUGUGGUACAAAUGGACGAGUUUCCGAUGCCGGGAUUAUGAAAGAAACUGAUCUAUACCGGUCAUUAAAAAAUAACGAGUUAAAAAUACCUCCCCCUCAAAGUCUACCUCAAGUCGAAUAUAAGCUACCAUUUGUUUUCAUUGGUGACGCAGCAUUUCCUCUCAUGGAAAAUUUAAUGAAACCGUACGGAAAACAUAACUCAGGCCAUGAUGAGCACAUAUUUAAUUACAGACUUUCUAGAGCGCGACGGGUUGUUGAAAACGCUUUUGUUGUAAUGGCAAGCUGUGUUCUACAUAAUUUUUUACGUAAAAAAUCUAGUACAUUUUAUACCUCAGCAAAUCACAUUGAUUCAGAAGACACAGAAUCAGGUAAUAUAAUUCAAGGGCAAUGGCGUCAGAUUGGUGAGAUGGUUCCUUUACAACAGUCUUUAAGUUAUACACCUCAAAACGCCAAACUUGUAAGAGAUAAGUACAAAGAAUAUUUUAACAACGAAGGAAAAGUAUCUUUUCAAGAAAAGAUGAUACAUCACAGAUAA